AUGGUGACCCAAGACUACAAGCAAAAGGAAGACAUAUGGUUCGACGACGGCCGAGAAGAGCGAUUGCUUGAAUAUGUGAAAGAACAUCUGGACCUGGCAGCUUCCAAUAAGUCCGAAGAGGUCAUUCGUCUCAUUGAUGAGUUCGGCGUGAACCAUCAUUAUAUGAUGAAUGUCGGAGCUCGAAAGGGACGAAUCGUCACUGAAGUCAUCACGCAACGCAAGCCGAAGACAAUGAUAGAGCUUGGGAGUUAUAUUGGAUAUUCAACGGUGUUGUUCGCCGCGGCGAUGCGGGAUGCUGGAGGACAAGAAUAUAUUUCAUUUGAACGCGAGCCUAAAUUCGCACGCGUUGCGGCCGCGAUGGUCGAACUAGCAGGACUGGCCAAUCACGUACGAUUUGUUAUUGGUCCAAGCUCAAAUGGUCUCGUGGAAGAGCAUAAGGCUGGCCGCUUGAGUCAGGCCGAUGUGGUCUUUCUAGAUCACUACAAACCAGCAUACGUCAAGGACUUGAAGAUAAUGGAGUCACUUGGGGUGAUUCGAGUUAAUACUGUCCUGGUAGCGGACAAUGUUAUUGAGCCAGGUAAUCCGACCUACCUAGAGUACGUCAGGAGCACACCAGAGAAAAAGCAGCAGCGCUUAAAGGGGGAAGCAGCCACGUCAGAUGAUUCGAUUGCAUUCCCAUCUCGCGCAGUUAAUCAAUAUACUAAGGAGUAUGCUACUGAUAAGACUGAGCUUCCAGGGCUACCAGGCAUUGUUUACAAGAGUCGGAUUGAGCACAGCCAUGAGCCCACAGGAGUGCCAGAUGGUAUUGAGAUAACCGUUUGCUUAUCAUUACCAAGUCCGAAUUAGUAUAGGGAAGGUACUCGAUACA